AUGUCUUCAGACCCCGUUCGUGUGGCAGUCACUCAAGCCGAGCCGGCAUGGCUGGACUUAGCCGCUGGUGUCACCAAGACCUGCGAAUUGAUCGCAGAAGCAGCACAGAACAAGGCAAAGCUCAUCGCCUUUCCUGAAUGCUGGAUUCCUGGUUAUCCAUGCUGGAUCUGGAGCCGCUUGCUGGAUGUUGAAAUGAAUGUAGCCUAUAUCAAGAAUUCGCUUCGUCUCAACUCUCCUGAGAUAAUGGAGAUUCAAGCAUGUGCAAAGAGCCACGCGAUUGCUGUCUCAUUGGGGUUCUCGGAGAAUGACAACAACUCCAUCUACAUUGCCCAGGUGUGCAUUGGACCUGAUGGAGAGAUCAAAUCUCACCGGCGCAAAAUGAAGCCUACUCACAUGGAGCGAACCAUCUUUGGUGAUGCCUCCGGCGAAUGCUUCUCGAGUGUUGCCGAGCUUCCAUUUGGUCGAGUUGGACAUUUGUCUUGUUGGGAACAUAUCCAACCGUUGCUGAAGUACUUCACCUUCUCUCAGAAAGAGGACAUUCAUGUCGCCGCAUGGCCGAGUCUUACGCCUCAUUCUGGGAAGAGUGAUCUCUGGUCGAUGUCAGCUGAAGGUUGCCAGAGCCUUUCUCAGACCUAUGCGGUUGAGUCGCAGGCAUUUGUCUUGCACUGUACUGCUCUCAUCACUGAGAAGGGCGUAGAGAAAAUGGGCACAGGUGGAGGUGCAUUAAUGUCCUCUCCAGGGGGAGGGAGUUCAGCGGUCUUUGGACCGGAUGGAAGAAGGUUGACUGAACCGGUCGAUAGUACGAAAGAGACCAUUAUUUACGCAGAUUUGGAUAUGGAUCAGAUUAUUGCCACCAAGAUGUUCGCGGAUGCGACAGGUCAUUAUAGUCGCCCUGAUCUGAUGACACUCAGCGUCGUGAGGAAGGUCAAGAAGAUGGUUCAGGCUGAUGGCGAGGCCUCGCUCGUGGCAACGGCGGAGGAAGUAUAA